AUGCGGUUCAUCUCGGCUGGUCUUCUUGUGCUCCUGGUAGCAUUAUCUGCGUCGACGGCAUCGUUGGCUACACUCAUUUCUCAAGAGCAAACGGAGGAUCUGACUGCAGCCAAGGUGAUUCCAGAUGUUAUCUCAGGAAUAGACCCUGCUCCUGGUGUGGCGCUAAAGAUCCAGUAUGGCGACACUCCCAUCACAACCAAGGGCGGCCGCCUGCCCCGGCCAGAGACAUUGAACGCCCCCUCUGUUCAGGUGACAGAUCUGGUGGGCAACGUGCUGUCCAAGCUGGACCCACUGAAGCUGCAGGCAGACACCAAGUACACCCUCGUCCUGAGCGACCCAGAUGCUCCCUCUCCAGCCAUGCCCACCAGCCGCGAGUUCCUGCACUGGAUCGUCACCAACGCCCCCUUUGGAGACAUCACCAAGGGAGAGGUUGCUGUGCCAUAUGCGCCUCCCUCUCCUCCCGCCGGUGUCCACCGCUAUGUCUUCUCCCUCUUCCAGCAGCCCAAGGGAACAAACCUCAAUGUGCCGGCCCCAGCCAGCCGCGCAAGGUUCAACACCCAGAAGUUUUCACAGCUGUAUGACUUGGGCGAGCCGGUGGCGGCUGCGUACUUUGAGGUGGCUGCUCCAGGGAUUGAGUAGGCGCACUGAAAGCACUGAACAGCGCUGCUAGCAUUCACAGAACUCCUUGGGAAUCUCACAUUUACCUGUAGCACUGGCAGGAGUAAACCAAAGUUGCCAAGUUGCUGUAGGCAACUGACACCCAUAAAAAUAUAGGAAUAAACAUCACAGAACCUCUAGCAAUGAGUUAUUCUUCUAUUGGGUCAGGAGAUUACUUAUUCUCUGCUCUGUUCAGUCUUGACAGAAGUGCAAGGGCUCUGCAUGACUAAAUCAAAUUUCUUUAGAAGUAACAUGUGUAGCGUGUCGUGUCAAUUGCUCUGACUGUGUUCUUCUCUCUCUUUCUUGAGUCUCUGUAUGUCUCGACUUUUACAGGCAGUCACAAGAACACCAGUCAGGCGUGAACUCAGUAGCAUAGGCAGUCCUUGUUGUGCAGCAUUCUCUAGCUGCAAAAGGGAGCUGAGCAAUGUGAAAGUAUGAAUAUAGGCCACUUUGACUAAGACACUUGUACAUGGCCGUCAAAUAGGCACACAAACGUUCCAAAAAGUAGCAGAUGUCGCUUUUAGCUGACAGUCCUUUCAUCAUGAUGCAGCUACUAUAGUGUCAAAGUCUCUCUGUGUAGCGCUUCUCAUUC